UAUCACGUGAAAUGAAUAUAAUACUGAGCCAUACAUUUUAUUUUAAACCAUUUUUUUUUCUAUCUUAACCAGCUUAAAAUUAUUGAUUUUAUUGAUAUUUUUCGAUUCUUGUUUAAAAUGCAAUCGUCUCGAUGCUCUUGCCUGGCUUUACUGUGUUUCAUUCCCUAGAAUUUCAAUUAAGCUUUAAAUUGCAAUUAAAACUGGGUAGAACUACAUAACAAUAUCGGGUUUCAUAUAAAAUCGAUUUAUUCAGUUUAUAGGUGGAAGCAGGCCCAACCACUUGGGGAAAUUUAAAGACUCUACAUGGAGCCGUUCUCAAAAUUCAUUAUAAUUUUUCUAGCUGCGCUUAUUAAUGUGGCAUUUGGCAUGCAUAAUCCAAUGAUGCGUGAUAAUUGUGAUUUGGGAGAGCAUCUAACUUGUAAGUUUCGCUUUGUUCACUGUUGGAUGUACGAGUGCGUUUGUCUUCCUGACCACGCUUACUUGGGACUUGGAAAUGGUUGUCUCCACAUAACAUAUGCUUAAAAAUAAGUUAUAAAGUUAUCUUUAAGCAUUUUUCAUU